AUGAUAUCUCACAUGGAAGCAGUAGAACUAUACAACAUGAAAUGUGAAUGCUACAAAGUCCUUCUAUCUUCCUAUACGGGAGGUCUGUUCAUGUAUGAGGACUGGAACAAACUCUUCGGGCGCAGGAGAAUUGAUGAAUCCAACUGGAGUCGCCUGCUGUUGGAUCCUCGUAGUUGCACGUCGAAGGCUAUGUAUCUCUCCAACCAACAUCACCCUACCGACGUAGUGGUUUUCAGUGCCACGCCAUCCCUUACUGAUCAGAAGUACCGGUGCUGCCAGAUUCCUCCUUGA